CAAACGCUUCCGGCAGGCAGUGACCAGUUGUUCAACAAUACUGUGUUGUUCAGUGCCGUCACGAUCACGGGGACGCUGUACUGAGUACAAGUAUCGAACCGACUCAACUUCAUCAGGUACACACUUCAGACACCGCCAUCUGCCAAACUGCCACCAUGCCAUCCAAGAUUGAAACUGCGCCGCAAGAGCCCAUCGCCAUUGUGGGCAGCGCCUGCCGCUUUGCCGGCGAUGCGAGUUCCCCCUCGAAGCUGUGGGACCUCCUCCGCGAGCCUCGCGAUGUCCGGUCCGAGAUCCCCGACAGCCGGUUCAGCGCGAAUGGCUUCUACCACCCCGACGCGGCGCACCACGGCCGUUCCAACGUGAAGCACUCGUAUCUCCUGAACGAGGACCCCGCCGCCUUCGAUGCCGAGUUCUUCGGCAUCAACCCCAUCGAGGCCCGCGCCAUGGACCCCCAGCAGCGGAUCCUCCUCGAAACCGUCUACGAGGCGGUCGAGUCGGCCGGCAUGACCCUCGACGGCCUGAAGGGAAGCGACACGGCCGUCUAUGCGGGUGUUAUGAUAGGCGACUACGAGGCUAUGUUGCUGCGUGACUUGGAUGCCGCUCCGACGUAUUUCGCGGUAGGCACGUCGCGGGCCAUCUUGUCCAACCGUGUCUCGUACUUCUUCGACUGGCAUGGCGCCGCGGUUACCAUCGACACGGCCUGCUCUUCGAGUCUUGUGGCCGUGCACUCGGCUAUCCAGACGCUCCGCGCGGGGGACUCACGCAUGGCUGUGGCGUGUGGUGCCAACGUCAUCCUGGGCCCGGAGACGUACAUCAUCGAAAGCAAGCUUAAAAUGCUAUCCCCCGACGGCCGCGGCCGCAUGUGGGACAAGGACGCCAACGGCUACGCGCGUGGCGAUGGUGUGGCAGCCAUCUUGCUGAAAACGCUGAGCGCGGCCAUCGCCGACGGGGACCACAUCGAGUGUAUCAUCCGCGAAACAGGGCUCAACCAGGACGGAACGACGACCGGGCUGACCAUGCCGAGCGCGGCAGCCCAGCGGGCGCUGAUUCGGAGCACAUACGCCAGAGCUGGGCUCGAUGUACAUGCUCCGGCAGACCGUCCUCAGUUCUUCGAGGCGCAUGGCACAGGCACACCGGCUGGCGAUCCCGUGGAAGCAGAGGCAAUCAGCACUGCAUUCUUCGGCGGGGAGAAAGGGGCAAGCAACAGCGACCCCCUAUUCGUGGGCUCCAUCAAGACGGUACUCGGCCAUACCGAGGGCACGGCCGGCAUCGCAGCGCUUCUCAAGGCGAAGUUGGCGCUCCAGAACGCCUGCCUCCCCCCAAACCUCCUUUUUGACAAGCUCAGUCCGUCCGUGGAGCCAUUCUACCAAAACCUCCAGAUCCUUCGCGCCGCCAAACCUUGGCCGACCGUCCCGACGCGACGAGCCAGCGUGAACAGCUUCGGCUUCGGGGGUACCAAUGCCCACGCUAUUCUAGAAAGCUAUGAGGAUCGGGAUCGCGGACGUGCCGAUGCCAGGGCGCUGUUCACCCCGUUCGUCUUCUCGGCAGCAUCCGAGCACUCGCUCCGGGCCACGCUCUCGGCAUAUGCCGCGCAUUUGGGCGACCAUCCGGAGACGGACGUGCACGACUUGGCAUACACGCUGCGAGAGCGCCGGACCGUCUUUUCUCACCGGGCCGCCUUCCCGGCGACGAGCAUCGAGGCGCUCAGGGCCAACAUCCUAGCGCGCCUGGAGAGUCAGGACAGCAACGUCGGCACGAGGACGCUGUUGAAACGCGGCGGAGAAGGCUCUCCCAGCCCUCCCAAGAUGCUGGGCGUGUUCACCGGCCAGGGUGCCCAGUAUCCGCGCAUGGCGGCCGAGCUCAUCAGAGAAUCACCGCUCGCCGCCAGGAUCAUCCGCGACCUGGAGGUUUGUCUCGGCGAACUCCCUGUGCCCGACCGUCCGUCCUGGUCGCUCGAGGCCGAGAUCCUGGCGGCGCCGUCCGUCUCCCGGAUGGGCGAGAGCGCCAUCUCCCAGCCGCUCAACACGGCCGUGCAGAUCAUGCUCGUGGACCUCCUGCGUACGGCCGGCAUCCACUUCGACGCGGUCGUGGGGCAUUCGGGAGGCGAGGUGGGCGCCGCGUACGCCGCCGGCUUUCUGACAGCGCGCGAUGCGCUCUGUGUGGCCUACUACCGCGGGCUGAACUGCAAGCACGCGCGCAGCCCCAACGGCAGCCACAUCGCCGGCGCCAUGCUCGCCGUGGGCACCUCGGCCGCCGACGCCGCCGAAAUCUGCAACGAUCCCGACUUUUCCGGGCGCAUCUCGGUGGCGGCCGUCAACUCGUCGACCAGCGUUACCAUCUCGGGCGACGAGGACGCCAUCGCGGAGCUCGAGGUCAUCGUGGAGGAGGAAAAGAAGUUCCACCGCCGGCUGCGCGUGGACAAUGCCUACCACUCGCACCACAUGGUCUCCGCGGCCGACCCCUACCUCCAGGGCAUGAGACGUGCCGGCAUCAAGGCCCGCCAGCCCACGCCUACAUCGCACCCCCCCUGCACAUGGUUCUCCAGUGUCUUCGACGGACGGCCCAUGGAGUACUCGCCCGAGCUCAGCGACGAAUACUGGGUGCAGAACAUGGUCAAGCCGGUGCUUUUCUCGCGCGCGCUCGAGGCGGCCCUAUCGUCAGCGUCAUCGUCAGGUGCCUCCUUCGACGCCGCGCUCGAGGUGGGUCCCCACGCAGCGCUGAAGAGCCCCGCCGGCCAGACCAUCCAGGAGGUGCUCCAAAAGCCGCUCCCCUACCAAGGCGCGCUGUCACGAGGAAGCCACGCCAUCGAAGCCUUCUCGACCGCCCUGGGUUUCCUAUGGUCCCACCUGGACAAGGGAUCGGUGGCACUGGGAACCUGUGAGGCGGCGCUGUCCGGGGGUUCCGGGGCGGAGCCACGCUUCCGCUUCCGCGUCCUCAAGGACCUGCCGCCAUACCAGUGGAACCACGGGACCAAGUUCUGGCACGAGUCCCGGAGGUCGCGCCACAUGCGUCUGCGUCAGCCGGCCUUCCACCCGCUCCUCGGCGACCCGACCCCUGACAGCAGCGCCCAGGCGCUGCGCUGGAAGAAUAUGCUGAAGCCCAGCGAGAUGCAGUGGUUGGAAGGUCACACGGUGCAGGGCCAAACCGUUUUCCCUGCGGCGGGAUACGUGGCCACCGCACUGGAGGCGGCCCGUGUGCUCGCUGCUGGUUCCGCUAGGAAGAGCAUCCGGCUCAUCGAGUUGAGCAACAUGACGAUCCACCAGGCUGUCGCCUUCAGCGGCAACAACGACGCCGGGAUCGAGGUGCUGGUCGAGCUCACGCACAUCUCGCACGACCCGAACCAGCCGGACUGCCUCAUCGCCCAGUUCACCUACUCAGCAGCGCUGGGCGGCGAGACGGCGUCGUCCGACCUCACACUGGCCGUCGACGCCGAGUUGCGCCUUUUCCUGGGCGAAGAUGCCUCGCCGAACCUCCUCCCGGAGCGGCAGCCCAAGCCACCCCACAUGAUCCCGGUCGAGGAGGCCCGUCUGUACGGCUUUAUGGAGAGCCUUGAGUACAACUUCAGCGGGCCCUUCCGCUCCCUCGUCACGCUUGAGCGCAAGCUGGGGCGGGCCGCGUGCGUGGCCAAGCGGGCGUCGACCCCCGACUGCGCGGGGCUGCUGAUCCACCCGGUCGAUCUGGACGCCGCGUUCCAGUCCAUCAUGGUCUCGUACAGCUACCCGGGUGACGAGCAGCUGCGGAACCUGCAUCUUCCCACCACCAUCUCCAAGAUCCGCGUGAACCCCUCGGCAUUGGCACAACCAGAGGAGGUCGUCAGCGAGGAGGCUGACCUGAAGUUCAUGGAGGUGGACUCGACCUGCAAUCCCGAAGACCGCUCGAGCCCUGGAUCCGGCUUCUCGGGCAACGUCAACAUCUACGUCCACGGCUCUCGCCACGCCGCUGUGCAGGUGGACCACGUACUCUUCAAGCCUAUGGGCGCGGCGGCCAGCGACGACCACAAUAUCUUCUGCAAGAUGGACCUGGUGCCCGCGAAACCGGACGGCUACGCCGCUGCCGAGGGGAUUCCCGUAACGCAGUACGAGAGAGACGUGAUGUGGAUCCUAAGCCGCAUCGUCAACUUCUAUCUGCGCCGCUUCGACCGAGAUGUCCCCGAGGACUCCCCCGCCAGGUCCGAGGCUCCGCUGUGCCACUACCUCCACUAUGCCCGCUACAUCACGGGCCUCCUAGACCGGGGCGAGAACAAGUUCGCCAAGGACGAGUGGCGAAACGAUACGCUGCAGGACAUUCUGGAUGAGAUAGAGGCCAAGGGAGUCGGCAACAACUCCGACGUCCGAAUCAUGCUUCUCGUCGGCGAGGUCAUGCCGCGGGUCUUUAACGGAGAGACCACCAUGUUGGAGCAUUUCCGCGAAUCCGGGCUGCUGGAUGAAUACUACGCCCGCGGGUUUGGGACGAUGCAGUCGGCGCAGUGGCUGGGCAGCGUCGUCAAGCAGAUCGCGGACCGCCACCCUCACCUGAACCUUCUCGAGAUUGGCGCCGGCACGGGGGGUGCUACGAAAUACAUCCUCAACGCCAUCGGCAAGACCUUCGACAGCUACACCUUCACCGAUAUCUCCUCCAGCUUCUUCGAGAACGCGGCCGAGGCAUUGUCCCCCUGGGCGGACCGCAUCGUGUUCAAGACGUGCGACGCCGAGCGGGACCCCGUAGAGCAGGGCUUCGCGCAAGGGACCUACGACGUCGUGGUCGCCUACAUGGUGCUGCACGCCACGGCCCGGCUCGACGAGAGCGUGCGCAAUCUGCGCAAGCUUCUCCGCCCGGGCGGAUUCCUGCUGAUCGGCGAGGGCAGCAGCGACGGCAUGAUGCAGGUGGGCGCUGGCUUCAUCUUCGGAACGCUGCCCGGCUGGUGGAGAGGUGUCGACGAGGGCCGCACGCUGUCGCCGCUCGUCAACGCCGCGCAGUGGGACGACAUUCUCAAGCGCAACGGCUUCUCCGGCAUCGACACCAUGUCUCCCCCCAAGCUCCUCGACACCUUCGGCAUCACGCUGUUCGUUACGCAGGCCGUCGAUGCUCGGAUCGAGCUGGCCCGGGACCCGCUGUCCGUCCCCAUUGGUAACUCUGUCAAGGACGUCGUCCUCGUGGGCGGUCAGACGCCUGCGGUCGAGAAGCUUGCCCGGGGCGUGGAGAACAUCCUCACGGGCCUCGGCUGUCAGGUUCACGCGUAUUCCACGCUCGAGCAGAUGGACGUCGACAGGGUCGUGAGCCCCGAGGGCAGCAAAAUCAUCAGCCUAGCAGACCUCGACCACCCCGUGUUCCAGGACAUCACCCCCGAGAGGUGGUACAGCUUCCGCCGCCUCUUUGAGGGCCAGAAGUCGGUGCUCUGGCUGACCAAGGGCCGGCUCCGGGACGAGCCAUAUCACAACAUGACGGUCGGAUUCGGGCGGUCGGCGGUGCACGAGGACGAUGACCUGCACCUUCAGUAUCUGGACAUACCCGACAUUAGCCAGAUCGACGCCAAAACCGUCGUCGAGGCCUUUGUGCGCUUCAACUCGAAACAGCUCCAGAGCCGGGACAUCCUGUACACUGUGGAGCCCGAGAUCAUCCUGGACGAGCAGGGCCGCGAGCUGGUGCCUCGCCUGACCACGAUUCCGGCGGCCAACAACCGCCUGAACUCCACGCGGAGGCUCAUCGACCACGAAGUGGACGUGCGCAAGUCGGUGGUCGAGCUGGUGCAGGAUGGUGGGGCUGGGACCUGCUGCGUCAGGCAGCUGUCGAGAUACGACGAGCGCGUAGGAAGGUCGAGGCCCGAUAGUAUCGAGCUGCGCACUACCCACGCCAUCUUGUCUGCCAUCAAGACCCCAAUCGGCCACCGGUUCCUCGCUAUCGGUGCGGCCCCAGAGGGUGUUCGGUAUCUAACGCUCGUGUCGUCCCUUGCCUCGGUCCUCCACCUCCCCGUGCAGCAUGCCGUGCCCCUUGGCGCCUCCUCCAGCCUCUCCGAGAGUACCAUUCUCAGGCUCGCCGCCGCUCAGCUGAUCGCCGCAGCCAUCGUCGGGCCCUUGUUUGCCGGACAAAGGAUCGUCACGCACAACGCGCCAGAUGAAUUGGCUCGGGCCAUCGAAUCCCAGGCUGCGCAGAAACAGAUCCAGGUCACCUUCGUGGCGGAUACUACUAGUAGCAGUACUUCGGAUGAAGCGCCCCGUACUAAUCUUCCCGGCUCCUGGAUUCAGCUGCCUCAAUAUGCCGGAAAGGCGGAAGUGAGCCAGCUACUCCCAGCGGAUAUUGCCGUCUUUGUCGGCUUCUCCGGGCACGAAUCAGCCAACGAGCAGACGCUCCUCUCGGCGCUGCCGUCUUACUCUCGCAGGGAGACCGCCGGCACCAUCUACUUGCCGCAUGCCGUCGAAUUCGGCACUUCCACCGAUGAACUGCUGGGACACACACUCACGGCGGCCGCUCAAUAUGUUCAGGAGAAUUUGAGCCAGCAAGCCACUGAGUCAGCAACAGCGGUGCCCCUGGAAACUAUCGCCGGCAAAGCACGUCCCCAAGACCCGCUGGCAGUAGUCGACUGGACCUCGGCAACUGUGGUCCCUGCUCGGGUAACUCGAUUCGACAUCAUUCCGCUCUUCAAGAACGACAAGACGUACUGGCUCUGCGGUCUCUCGGGCGCGCUCGGUAUUUCGCUCUGCGACUGGAUGAUCGACCGCGGAGUGAGGUAUCUGGUCCUCACCAGCCGCAACCCCAAGAUCAACCAGGAAUGGAUCGACAACCACGCGGCGAAGGGUGUAACCAUCCGGACGCUGUCUUGCGACGUGACAGACGAGGCUGCCCUCCGAGCGGUGCACAAGACCAUUGUCGACACGUUUCCUCCCAUCGUCGGCGUGCUCAACGGCGCCAUGGUACUCCGAGACGGCAUGGUGCGCAACAUGGUGUACGAGCAGGUGACCGACGUGAUCCGGCCCAAGGUGCUCGGGAGCAUGCACCUCGACCGCAUCUUCCACGACGUGGACCUCGACUUCUUCGUGCUGCUGUCGUCCAUCAACUGCGUCAUCGGCAACGUCGGCCAGGCCAACUACGCGGCCGCGAACAUGGGCAUGUGCGGCGUGGCGGCGGCCCGGCGACGGCGCGGUCUGGUGUCCAGCGUGGCCAAUGUGGGCGCCAUCAUCGGCGUCGGCUACAUCACCCAGUCGGCGCGCCAGCUCGAUCUCACGGUGGCGAACACGCACCUCACCCAUCUGUCCGAGGAGGACUUCCACCAGAUCUUCGCCGAGGCCAUGGAAGCCGGAUACCCGGACUCGCCCGACGGGCCCGAGAUCUCCACGGGCCUGCUCGAGAUCGCGCCCGAUACGCCCAACAUGCCCAAGUGGUACAGCGACCCCAAGUUCGCGCGCCUCAUCGUCAGCAAGACGGCGGACGGCGGCAAGGGGGGCAAGGAGAACAAGGCCAGCGCAGCGUCCAUCCUGGACAGCCUCAAGGCGUGCCGCUCCGAGGAGGACGUCUUCCGGGUGGUCAAGAGCGCCUUUGCCGCGCAGCUGCGCAGGAUCCUGCAGAUCUCGACGGGCGACGACGACAUGAUGAACAUGCGCAGCAUCGAUCUGGGUCUCGACUCGCUCAUCUCGGUCGACAUCCGGUCGUGGUUCCUCAAGAACCUGCAGGUUAGCAUCCCCGUGCUCAAGAUCAUGGCCAACGACGCGCAGAUGUCGGAGCUCGUCGAGGCUGCUGUCGAAGGGAUCCCCGCCGAGCUGAUCCCCGAGGUCCGGGCCGACGCGAAGGGAGACGACAGCGGCUCCGAGACCAACAGCAACACCAACGCGGCCGCCACCCCGUCGAGCGGCACGUCAUUGAACGGACAGGUGCCCGAGCCCGAUACGGCAGCGACUUCGCCCGGUAGCGCUACUCCGCCGGCCAAGGGAGUCAUUCCUGGCAUCGACUGGGAAGCCGAGGCCCGUCCGCCGCCGGACUCAUUAUCGCGUCCGGCGGUGGACGGCCCCAACUUCAAGGCGCCGAACCCGACGCCGAGAGUCGUGGUGCUCACCGGAUGCACGGGGUUGCUGGGCCACCACCUCCUCGAGACGCUCGCAGCCGAGCCGUCGAUCGAGAAAGUGAUCUGCAUUGCCGUGCGGCAACUCGCCGACCGGCUGGCCAAGGGCGAGCUCCCCGCUCCGCCCAGCGACCGCAUCGUCUACUACGAGGGCGACCUCAGCGCUCCGCGGCUCGGGCUCUCGGAGGAGCAAGAGACGGCCAUCUUCAACGAGGCCGACGCUGUCAUCCACAACGGCUCCGACACGUCUCACCUCAAGUACUACUCGGCCGUGCGCGACAGCAACGUCGGGUCGACGAAACACCUUGUGCGCCUGUGCGUGCGCCGCAUGAUCCCGCUGCACUACAUCUCGAGCGCCGGCGUGGCCCUCUUCGCCGGGCUGGACGCCUUCCCGGAGAUCAGCGUGAUGACGACAAACAAGAAACCGCCCGCCGACGGCGCGCACGGCUACAUGUGCGGCAAGUGGGUGUGCGAGCGCAUGCUGGAGCAGGUGCACGCCGCCACGGGCCUGCCCAUCUGGAUCCAGCGCCCGUCUACCAUCAUCCGCGAGGGCGCCGACGCCACCAACGACCGCGCCGGCUUGGACUGGGUCAACGCACUGCUGCACUACGCCCACGCCAUCGCCGCCGUGCCCCGCGUCCACUACAACAAGGGCAGCUUCGACCUGGUCUAUGUGCGCAGCGUCUGCGCCGACGUCGUGGCCGGCCUGUUGCAUUCUUCUUCUACUGGUAUAACCUAUGUCAACAAUGUCGGCGACGUUGUGAUUCCUAUGCACCGUAUGGCUACCGAGAUUGCUCGCUAUCGCGGCCGCGAGGAGCAGCCCUACGAGGUGAUCCCCAUGGACGAGUGGAUGCGUCGCGCCAUUGCCGCGGGGCUGCAUCCGGCUGUGGCGGCCUUGAUUGAAACGUUUGACGAGCCCGGGGCGCCGUCGUACCCGAGACUACUGAAGAAGAAGGCAUGAAAUGAUCAAAGAGAGGGGAAAGGUCUUCUUUUAUUUUAGUACUAUUUUGCAUUGUAUUGCAUUGUUGGUGGGGUUUGUUUCUUGGAAGUAAACUGAAAUCAUAUACGGAGUAUAGGGUUGGGGAUUCCUAGAUAGCAACAGCAAUUGUUUGUUGUUACCAGCCAGCUUGCUCGCGAACUCUCAGGUGAGGCGGGCAGAUAGUUACUCGACGUGAUGAAGUUUGCGGCUGAGAUUCGAGCCCCCUGCAUUCUAGGCUGUAACUAUUCCGUAUUCAGGCUGCUUGUCCAAUCCGGCUGGGGGGUCUUCGGAUUUUUUCACUCCGGCGUAUGCCCGAAUGCGAUGGCCUG